UAUCGCCAAUAUGGCUGGAAAGAGUGAAGUCUGAAAUGUGUCACAUUUAAAGCUACCUACUAUAAUAAACAUUAGCCUUCUGUAUUUUCGGGGAACUUAAAGGUCAGACCGUAUAAGAAUACAUUUUUUCUUCCAUUAACAAAAACUACAAACGCAGCAGCAAAAUGAGCAACAUCUACAUUCAAGAGCCACCAACAAAUGGGAAGGUCCUGUUGAAGACCACAGCAGGUGAUAUUGACAUUGAGUUGUGGUCCAAGGAGGCUCCCAAAGCAUGUAGGAACUUUGUGCAGCUGUGCAUGGAAGGUUACUAUGAUGGUACAGUUUUCCACAGAGUGGUGCGUGAUUUCAUCAUUCAGGGGGGAGAUCCUACUGGGACAGGAGCAGGUGGAGAGUCCAUCUACGGCCGGCCAUUCAAGGAUGAGUUUCACUCGAGGUUACGCUUCAAUCGGAGGGGUUUGGUUGCCAUGGCAAAUGCAGGGCCACAUGACAACGGCAGUCAGUUUUUCUUCACCUUGGGGCGUGCAGACGAGCUCAACAAUAAACACACCAUAUUUGGCAAGGUCACUGGAGACACAGUGUAUAAUAUGCUCAGAUUAGCAGAAGUCGAGUGUGAUGAUGAGGAAAGACCUCUGAAUCCUCACAAGAUAAAGUCUACUGAGGUGCUACAUUCUCCUUUUGAUGACAUCAUACCCCGAGAAACAAAGAAAGUCAGAAAGGAGAAAGAUAAAGAAGAGGCAAAGAAAUCACAAUCAAAAGCCACAAAGAACUUCAGUCUUUUGUCAUUUGGAGAGGAAGCGGAAGAAGAUGAGGAGAUGGUGAAUCAAGUCAGCCAGACAUUCAAGGGAAAAAGCAAAAGCAGCCAUGACCUUUUGAAAGAUGAUCCCAGACUGAGCUCUGUUCCAGCAGUUAAUAAGGGUAAAAAGAAAAGAGCGUCUGGAGAUGCAGCUUUGUCAGGCGACGAGGCUGACGAUGACGUCGAGGACGACGUGGACGCCGACGAAGAAUAUGACUCUGAGAAGAAAGAGAAGAUCAGAGAGCUCAUAAGUAAAAAGCUGAAGAAAGAAAAAGACGGAGGAAAAGUGAUGGAGCUCGCUGAGGAGGAGCGAGAAAAAAAGGCGAGCCGCAGUGAUGAAUUACGGAAAGAGGCGCGGCAGUUGAAGAAGGAGCUGCAGGCCAUAAAACAAAGGAAAGAAGAAAGUUCAAAACCUGCAACAGAGGAAGUCAAGGAGGUGGAUAAAAAGCCAACCAGUGAAGCUGUGGCUGAGUACCUGGAUGGAAGAAAGAAAUACGAAGAGCUCAGGAACCGAAAACUGAAAAAAGGCUCAAGCAGAGAAGAACAGACGCUGGCCCUGCUCAAUAGCUUUAAGUCCAAGCUGUCAUCGGCCAUCACUGAGGGUCCACAGGAAGACGUGGAGGAGCUGGCAGAGGAUGACGACAAAGGAUGGAUGGCCCAUGUUCUGCAGUUUGAUGAGCAAACCAGAAAAGUCAAGGAUGCCAACAUGCAGGACGAGGACACCUUUGAGAUCUACGACCCGCGCAACCCUGUUAACAAACGCAGGCGAGAGGAGAGCAAGAAGAUCCUGAAAGAGAAGAAGGCCAAGAGGUGAGGUCACAAGGGCUCCAUUGGUCAGAUCCUGCCAAAGUCAUGUGACUUAAAACAAAACUGGUCAUUCAGCAUCUUGCCAGUCCACUUUUCCAUCUCUUCAAACCCCGCUUUGUUAAACCGUUUCCUGACUCAAACAUCUGAAAUGAGGAUGCUGAGCCACAAACAUGCUGUCCCUGUUCGUCCCUGAGGAAACGGCUUCUUUGCAGCUCCUGAACAACACUCAGUUACUCAUCAGGAGGACGACUGUCAUAGUAAAAACAGUGAACCUUACAUGUAAUGUUAAUUUGUUUGAUUUUUCUUUUUACCGCUUACAUGUGAGUUUUGGGCUUUGAUAGAAAAUAAAUACCAUUCGUAAACAA